CAGCUGCUGGAGUGGUUCGACCAUCGCAGACGCUACACCAUGAUCCUGGAGCGUCCCGUUCCUUGCCAAGAUCUCCAGAGUUUCUGCGAAGAGAACGGAUGUCUGGAGGAGACUCUGGCCAAGAAAGUCCUGCUGCAGCUGAUCACGGUGCUGAAACACUGCGAGAGCCGAGGAGUCCUGCACCGGGACGUCAAACCGGAGAACCUGCUGAUCUCCACCGAGUUGCUGGACUUCGGCUGUGGAGAUCUGCUGCAAGACUCUGCCUACCGACACUUUGCAGGCACUCUUGAAUACGCCCCUCCUGAGUGGUUUCAGCAACACCGCUAUCACUCAGGACUGGCUACGGUUUGGUCGGUCGGGGUGACGCUCUACAGCAUCCUGUGCGGCUGUUUGCCCUUCAGGGGAGCAUGGAAGGUCACCUGCAGAAGCAGACUGCGCUUCCAUAGAGAGCUGUCUACAGAGUGCCGUCAGCUGAUUCGCUGGUGUCUCAGUGCAUCGGCAUCAGACCGGCCCAGUUUAGAGGACAUUGAGAGCGAUCUGGAUUCAGAGCUGAGGGACAAGUACAGUAGUGUCGAGGAGGUGAUCACACAGAAAGCAGAAGGAGUGGCAGAGGCCAAGAAAAGAGCAGAGAAACUCCAACAGGAAGCCAAAACCCUGUUGCUACAGGCCAGCGACAAACUCCAGCUGCUAAAAAAUCUUGAGAAGAACUAUGAUGAAGAUCAGAAGCUGCUGGAGGACAAGGCCAAUGAACUGGUGGAUCUGGAGAAGGCUGUGAAAGAACUGCUUCAGGAGAUCAGUCACAAAGUCACCGUCUACAGCACCUGA